UCGCGGGGCGGGGCUGCGGACAUGGCGCCCCACCCCGCUGUCUGCACGGUCACUGGCGAACACGGAACUGCCGCCGCUGGCCCGUCUCCCAAGAAGGACAAGGCUCACACGCACUAUACCGAAAUAUCGGAGAGCACAGGGUUGUUGUACCGACUGCUGUUUUUGUUUCUCCGUCGUUGACGAUGUUCCGCUUGCGGGCCUUGCCCGCGGUUUGCGUGGGGCUGACCCAGCUGUCCCGCCGUUACCACGGCGAGGCGGUGCGCGGGACUGGCCGGCGGAGGCUGAUGCUGGCAGCCCUGGCCGGGGUGACCGGUGUGUCUGCCAGCACUGGACUGCUCUGGAAAAGAGCAUAUGCUGAUGCUGGACCGUCUGUUCGACACUCGGAGCAGCCGACUGGAGAGGAAGCUGGUUUUGGGAGAGACACGGACUCGGAGAUGGAGUCGGAGAGAUCAGUGGAGUUCAGCAGCGGGGGAGAGGACGGACAAGAUGACGGUGGCGAGGGGAAAAAAAAGAAGCCCCGUUCAGGAUUCCGUGACCGCAAGGUGAUGGAGUAUGAGAACAGGAUAAGAGCUUACUCAACUCCUGACAAGAUUUUCCGCUACUUUGCCACGCUGAAAGUCAUCAACGAGCACGGGGAUGCUGAGGUUUACAUGACGCCUCAGGACUUCAUACGCUCUAUCACGCCCAAUGAGAAGCAGCCUGAGAAUCUGGGCCUAGACCAGUUUAUUGUAAAGCGCUAUGAUGGGAAGAAAAUUGCACAGGAGAGGGAGAAGUUUGCUGAUGAGGACAGCAUAUUUUAUUCCCUGGGAGAAUGUGGCCUCAUCUCCUUCUCUGACUACAUCUUCCUCACAACUGUGCUGUCCACACCCCAGAGGAACUUUGAGAUCGCUUUCAAGAUGUUUGACCUGAAUGGCGAUGGAGAGGUGGACCUCGAAGAGUUUGAACAGGUCCAGAGCAUCAUUCGCUCCCAGACCAGCAUGGGCAUGCGGCACCGUGACCGUUCCACCACAGGAAACACCCUGAAGACAGCCGGGUGCAGCUCUGCACUCACCACCUACUUCUUCGGACAGGACCUUAAAGGAAAGCUCACGAUUGGUAGCUUCCUUGAAUUUCAAAGGAAACUGCAGCACGACGUGCUCAAAUUGGAGUUUGAGAGGAAUGAUCCUGUGGAUGGCCGAAUCACAGAGAGGCAGUUCGGGGGCAUGCUGCUGGCCUACAGUGGCGUCCAAUCUCGUAAACUUAAGCAGAUGCAGAAGGGCUUGAAGAAAAUGUUCAAAGAUGCACAGGGAAUCACUUUUGAGGAGGUGGAGAACUUCUUCACUUUCCUAAAAAACGUUAAUGACGUGGACACGGCGCUGAGUUUCUACCACAUGGCAGGAGCCUCCAUAGAUAAAGUUACCAUGAAGCAGGUGGCCCGCACUGUAGCCAAGGUGGAGCUGUCAGAUCAUGUGUGUGAUGUGGUGUUCGCCUUGUUCGACUGUGACGGGAAUGGGGAGCUCAGUAAUAAGGAGUUCAUAGCCAUCAUGAAGCAGCGGCUGAUGCGUGGGCUGGAGAAACCCAAAGACAUGGGCUUCACUCGGCUGGUGCGUGCCAUGUGGAAGUGUGCCCAGGACACCGCCUGGGACUGGGCCUCACCAAAGACGUAGUGGAGAUGGGAGACAGUGAGCAAAGACGAGAGAACGCCAGCAGGUUUCAUUCAUCCAAAUAGACAAUUAUCGCACCGAACUCAUAAAGACUGCAGCUCGGAGGGGCACCAAUAAAUAUAAUCGCAUGUUGCAGUAGUUCAUGCUAUCUGUGUAGUGACUGAAUCCAGACGCAGCGCAGUGUGUACUGAAAGGCUUCUCCGGUGGGCCCGUCUAAGGCAUUAUGGGUAUUUGUAUAUUUUAGAGUACACGAUAUUUGUAUGUUUAUUUUUUCCAUAUUCUGUGGAGGAAGACGCCAUCAGCUUUUUUGGCAGACACUAAAAACCCCCAAUUACCUUUUCUAUGCUGGACAGCUAAAGGCACGAGAGGAAAAGAGUCGUCUCGUUUAAAGCUGCAGCUGCCGGCUCAGCCCUGAGAACCGUGCAGGUAACAGCCCUGAAUUUCUGUUCCAAAUGUUCCAUGUUCCUCUCAUAAAAAAUCAAUAAUGCUCGUGUUUACCCAGCGCUGUAAUGUUCAAUGUGGUUAUCCUUCCAAUUAUUAUUGCUCACUGAAACGCUUUAUAUGAAAUGGAUGUUAAAAGAAAGAAAUGCUCUAUUAAAUAUGUUUUAAUAAUGUAAAAAAAAAACUGAUGUAGCUUCGUUUCUUAAUGACUGCGUUCCGCUUGACUGGUAAGUUGUUUGUGGUGCUGCCCUAUUCUCGUUUUCACUCUGAACAGAAGAAAAGCGCAGCCGGGGAUUAGCAGCACUAAUCCACGGGGGCACCUCCGAAGUCGUUUGUCAUGUGUAAUGAAAUGUGAUGUAACAUGUUUUAGGGGAAAAUACACACUGGACUGCAUCUGUUAGCAUGCAGUGUGCGAGACGGCAAUAAAUGAUGGCUGUGUGUUAUACAAGUAGUCAGCAGUUUGGGCUAAUUGAAAUAGACAGGAUGGGCAGUCCCUGGCCUUUGCCGCCCAUUAAAAGAUUGUCCUGCAGUCUCCUCUCACACUCUGCUGCAGUGGCCUGAAACUAACUGUCCUCCACGUGCUGCAACCGGCAGACCGAAGUGGUGCUUAGGAGUGGCUGCCAAGGAGGAGAUAAGUUUGAAGGACCUCAUCAGUUU